GUGGGGAUAAUUUUAUAAGAUAAGUAUAGAAAUCUCUUUUUUUUUUAAUUAUAGGAUCCAAUGUCAUCUAUAGAGGAUAUGAUGAAAAAGGCGGUUACCACGUCCAACACUUUUUACCAAGAUAGAAAUGCUGUACAGGGUUACAAAGAUCGCAAGGAUAAUAUCCGGAAGAAAAAACGUGAGCAAAAGGAUACCUUGACACAGUGGUAUGGGAUGAAGAAGCGCCAACUCAAUGAGGAUGAGAAACAGGAACUUGAACUUCUGCAAUAUCGAAAUUUUCUCAAUCCUGACACGCAGCACCAGGCACCAAAGAGAAGCUCGAAUAUGUCUUCUGACUUUGUUGAGUUUGGCUACUUCGCUGAAACUGGUAAAAACAAGCGAAAACGCUUGAAGUCUUUUGCGGAUGAGUGGAUUACGGAGAAUCAACAGUUUGAAGAAAUUGUUAAGAAACGGAUGAAAAAGAAUGUGAAGCUUAACAAGAAACUGAAGAUAGCCGCGGCGAAACGAACAGCCACUGAGGCAGCUCGUCAGAAGGCAAAAAAAAGUUUCAAAAAGAGGCUUCAUGCAUGAUUUGUUUUGAAUUAAACAUGUGCACAAUAAGAUAACAAAGCAAAAAAUGCCUUUGCUUUCGUUUUUCAGGAUCUGAAGCUUUACGUACUAGUGACACUGUCUCUCGAGCCAUUUACCUUAAAAAAUUGUAUAUUUAAGCAUUGAUAAUAAAUCUAAAUAUCAUUUUUAAUCCUACUGAGGGAGUGAAUAUGAUCCGAGUAACUGUGCUCAAAGCAGAAAAUGUCAUUUGAGAAGCAUCUCCGUCAUGUGGUAGCACACCAAGUUGUAGGA